AUGCUGAUGAAGACGAAUCUUUUCAAGCAGUUUCGGAAGGAUACUGAAACGCUUAAAGCAUCCACUGUAACAGAGAGGACAUUCCAAAGGACACCCAUAAAAGAAACUCUACUAUGGGGUGGACUUGAUGAUACAAGCGGAAGCAAUUCAUGUGACAUAGAUGAGGAGGAUGAUUAUUUUCCGUCGAAUUCCUUCAUGCUUGAGUCUUCAAAUUCUCCGACUGAUAGUCUCCAUGACUGCGAAUGGCCCAAAAGCAACCAAUAUAUGGAGAGUAUCAAGCGAUUUCAAGGGAACAGUACUCCAACAAGUGUCCCUAAGCUCAGCACAAAUAUUCGAAUGAGAGUAGCACAAUUUCCUCAAAGAGAUGUCCAAGUGGCUCAACUGGACACAAAUUUAUUAGAAAUUCAAAAAUCACCUCCGCCUUCGAAAAGGCCAACAGCAUCCGCAUCUCCGAUGGUGAAAUUUUUGAGGAAUUUUAAAGAGGAGGAUAAAAUGAGAUCCCCUGAUACUGCUGGAAAAGUCGAUGAAGACGUCAAGUCUCCCUGCAUUCAAAGCGAUGUUGAGCAACAUAACGGAGAAAGACAGCAAACAGACAAAGAAUUAAUAUGUUUAAUGAGGGAGAUAGACUUUUUGAGCACAGAAAAUGUGGAACAAAAAAUCAUAAACUCAAAAUUGCUCAUUGACUCGACGAGGGACAAGGAACACAUUGAAAAUAAAGAGCAAUAUGUCCGCGUGCUAGAGGAAGCAAAGACAUUUCUUGAAGAACAGCUGAAGGAGGAAACUAGUCGGUUAAAGGACGUCGAAAAGAAACUGGAAGUUUCUGAAAGACUUCUGGAAGAGAAGGAAAGUAAAAUUGCAAAAUCUAAAGUGCUCGAUGAAGAAAAGACUUUACAAAUUAAUAUGCUAACCACUGAACUGUCGAAUGUACAAGACGAAGUGAAGCUUGCCCAGUCAGAAUUUGGCGAAUUCAGGCAACAAGCGACCGUAGAGAAAAACGCUUUGAAAGAAAACAUACAAGUUCUGAAAUCUGGAGUUAUGGACGAAAUUAUACUUCUCACCGAAAUCAAAAAGUUAGAUGAGGCAAAUUUGAUGCGGCAAGUAGAGGAAAUCACCCAGUUGAAACAAGAAUUACGUGAUGUAUUGAACGUGAAAUCAGAUUUGAAGACAAAACUCGAUGACAUUUUGAUUAGAUUUCAUGAGACAAAAGCUGAGUGUGAACAACUCCGGAUGAAAGAAGAAAGAAUGGAACAACAACUGCAAACUGAUAAAUCAUCGGCAGCUAAGUCUGCCCUGGAAAAAGAGGAAACUGAGACAAAACUCAGAGCAGCCAAUGAAGAACUAAGAGUUCUGCAAAACAAACUGUUGGAAAAUGAAGAAGAAGUAACACAGCUGAAAACUAACUGUAGAGACUACUUGAAGCAGAACAAAGAGCUUCAGAUGGCUAGUGAGGACGAAAAAAAGAAUAAGGAGCUAGCGGAACAGGAAGUUGCCUCGCUAACAAAAACCAUUAAAAACAAGGACGAGGAAAUAAGACACCUGAGCAAUCGCGUCACCGCACUGGAUAAAGCAAUGGAGAGUGGGACAACGAAAACAUCGCAGCUGUGUCAAAAUAUCAGUGACCUAACCUUGCAGUUAGAAUACGCCCGACAAGAAUUAACGGCACAACGAAUGAAGGAAAAAAAUUUACAAGAUCAAAUCUCCAAGAAAGAUCACGAGAAAAGUGAACUCAUGGACAAAAAUGAUAGGGUUAUUCGGGAACUAUCUGAAAAGCAUGAGAAACUGAGGCGCCAGCUCCAGGAACAAAUCCAAGGGAAAACUGAAGAGCUUGCAACGAUGCAGAAAAUGCUCGAUGCAAAGAGAAAUGACACCAUUGGUACGAAAAGGGCGGAAAAGAAACUCAAUGAUGCAACCAACCACAUUGAGAAACUGAAAUCUCAACUAAAAGAGCUCAACGCUGAGAAGAAAGAACUCACGAAGAAGCUAUCGGCUCAAGAGCAAGAAAUGUCGAGCAUGGAAAAAGAAUUAAAAGAACAGAAACAUCACCAAGAACUACGUGAAAAAGAACAUGAAGAGUUGGUUUCGACUGUGGAAAAACUGAAUGCACAAUUGGAACUGAAUAAUCAGAAAAUGAUGACAAGUGAAAAAGAGAUUGCCCGACUACAGAAAACUGAAAACGAAUUUAAAGAGUUUCAGAGGCAGUUGUACAUGAAUUCCCCACCAGCGAGUACACAACUUCCUCCGGAUAUUAGUGCAACGGUGACGCAGACCCCAAAGUCCCCUGCACUUUCCUUAAGAUUAAACUCGAUGACUAUAAUGAAAACACCGCAGAAGACACCGAGGAGCAUCCUAAAACAGCCUGGUUCUGCUUGUAAACGCCGGCGAGUUCUUUUCGCACAACCUUCUGACGAUAAAAUUAGCAAUACGGUGUCCGUCACCGACAUCGAUUCCGAUGACGGUCUUCUUUCAGAAGACUUACUGGAGGCUACACCACCCUGUCCGAACAAAACACCAGAUACUCGUAGUAAAAUUAUCCAGUCUCUGGAAAGGACAUCGAACAUACGGAAGACACCAUGCAAAAAAGGCCCGAUGUUUUCGGAGUCCAAAUCGAAGUCGAGUUCAGUGAAGACCAGUGUAAAUUGGUUCGAAAGUGACCAACUUUUUGGUAUGGGUUUAGAAGACUAAAGUUAAAUCGUUUAGAGACUUUUCUCACGUUUGUGAAGUUUUACAUGAAAAAUACACGAAACGUAACAAUUUUUAGUCCUCUGUUGUCCAAAGAAAUUCGAAUAUGCAUUAAAAAAAUAGAGAAGAAUAUUGAUCAGCUAAAACGGAGAUCAAACCAUAUUGGGCAAUGGUCGCUUAUAAAACCAUUAGCGCCAGCACCGAUGUCACCGGGAAUAAGGGGAUGUCUGAGGCCGCUAGUUAUAACGCCAGAGUUUCCGGUGUAUGAAGAGUCCGUGGUAUCAACAGAAAUCAAACUGGGAGAAAUCCAAGCAUUGUCAUAGGCAGUGGGACACAGAGUGGAGGAUGGAGAGUCGGACUGAUCCUUGAGAUUUGACUGCGGGGUUGUCGCUUGAUAUCCAUUUAAAACAGACUGAAAACCACGUUCACGCAAGCGACUGAAAGCUAUACAGAAAGGCAGGAAACAAAUAGAAGCCUGAGUGAAACAAUGUUUCCACGUGGUAAAGCGGCUAGAGCUCAGUUCCCAAAAUCCAAACGCUACAGA